CAGAGAUAUGCACGGCUGUCGUCGGCUCCGCAAAAAAAGAUAGCGGGCUCCAAACUUGUGACGUGCAUGAAGGUCAAAGACAAUCUUCCGCUCACCACACAAACAACUCUCUGGUCGCAACAUCUCUAGACCAUCUCUCACCUCUCUUCCCAACUUCUCACACACUGGUCAAGAUACUGACCAUCACAACAUCGCAACCAUGUCAGAAAUCGACCUCUACUCAAUCCUAGAAAUCUCCCGCGAUGCAACCCCCACCGAAGUGAAAAAGGCAUACCACAAAGCCGCACGAACCCACCAUCCCGACAAGGUCCCCGAGUCCGAACGCGCAGCAGCAGACGAUCGCUUCAAGGACAUUCAACAAGCCUACGAAAUUCUCUCCGAUGACCAGACCAGAGAAAUGUACGACAUGCACGGUAUGGCCGCUUUUGAAAAGGGAAACCCUGGACAAGGAGGAGGUCCGGAUUUGGAUGAUAUUUUGGCGCAAAUGUUUGGGCAGGGCAUGGGUGGUAUGGGAGGUGGCUUUGAGGGCAUGGGGGGUAUGCCGGGGAUGGGUGGAAUGGGUGGAAUGGGCAGGGGACCGAGGAAGAGCAAGAAUGAAGUGCAAGAGUACGAGGUCACGCUGGAGGAACUGUACAAAGGCAAGACGACGCGUUUUGCAUCUACCAAAAACGUCAUUUGUGGAAACUGCAGUGGAAGCGGCGGUAAAGCAAAUGCAAAGCCAAAGAAGUGUGGCACUUGCGACGGAAAGGGCUCAAAAAUCGCUCUCCGUCCCGUCGGCCCUGGUCUCGUAACACAAGAACAAGUGCCCUGCUCCACCUGCUCAGGCCGCGGCUCCUACUUCACCGACGACAAGAAAUGUAAAAAAUGCAAAGGCGCACGCACAACUUCCCAGCGCAAAAUCCUCGAACUCUACAUCCCACCUGGCUCGCGUCAAGGAGACAAAAUCGUGCUAGCCGGAGAAGCAGAUCAAGUCCCCGAUCAAGAACCCGGAGACAUCAUUUUCGACCUUGUGGAAUCUCCUCAUGACGUUUUCCAUCGUGCCGGAAGUGAUUUACAGGCAGAAUUGAAGGUGACGUUGGCGGAAGCACUCACAGGAUUCAACAGGGUGGUGUUGAAACAUUUGGAUGGCAGGGGGGUUUCUCUGCAUGUCAAGCAACCAGCCGGUCGUAUCUUGCGUCCUGGAGAAAUCCUAAAGAUUGCUGGAGAAGGUAUGCCCAUCAAGCGAUCAGACGCAAAGGGAGACUUGUACCUAAUCGUCGAUGUCGUGUUCCCCGAGGACGGCUGGUUGAGAGACGAAGCCACCAUCAACAAGAUCAGAGAUGUUUUGCCCAAAUCGACAGACGAGGAGAUCAAGGCUGAAGAGGUGGAUGAGGUUGACUGGGAGGUCAUCAGUGACAUGGAGGACUUUGGCGCUGGUUCUGGUGACCCGAGGUCCGCGGAGUGGGAAGACGAUUCCGAGGAAGAGGGUGAAGCUGCUCAGUGCGCUCAGCAGUAAGCAUGAAGAAAAGUUCGCUGCAAAAGGACACGAAUAAGGCUGUGAAGGAGACGACCUUUUUUUUUUCGCUUGAAAGAAGGGGAACGCGAUGGUCAGAUCCACACAUCUUGUCAAGAAUUGGACAUCUUCGGGCGCAUAAAACCAUUCAAGAGGUUUUGAACAUACUCGCUUCUCACUGUUUGUAUCAGACGAUCGACAUAUCACGAAGUGCUCUACUCAUACCCAUGUUACCGCCUCUCACAUACACUCGAAUACUUUUUCUUGCCCUGCUUCUCCAAUUCCGGAAAAGACAAGAGUCUGCAAAGGGUAAGUGACUACACAUACCCCAUCAUCUGUUCCCCUUACAUCUGAUUUCUUCUUUUUGUCUUUCGGUUCUACGGUGGGGCAGGAAGAAGAAGGCAGAUAUCCUUUUACUCUUUUUGGUCGUUCCACCGUUCAGCUUGUCAACUGGUCGUGUUGUUUCGCCUU